GUAUAUAAGCCCUUGAAAUAAGGGGAAGAACAAUGUACUCAACAGGAACUUCGUGACUGCCUGUGGACCCAACCAGACUCUAUCAAAAAAUGGCCAUGUUGAGACCUUGGAUUUUCCUCGCAGCCCUUGUCUUGUGCGUGCUGGUAUGUUUGAGUAGCUUUGCCGAUGCCUACCCACCCAAACCGGAGAGUCCAGGGAACAAUGCGCCAGCGGAGGAAUGGGCCAAAUACCACACAGCUCUUCGGCACUACGUCAACCUGAUCACUAGACAGAGGUACGGGAAGAGAUCUGCUCCCGAAGCUGCGCUGGCCUGGCUGCUGUUUGGAGAGGACUCGGAAAGCAACCCAACACCACGUUCAGAAAGCAGUGAUCCAUGGUGAACCAUCCCAUCCAAGACCAGAGUUCUGCUGAUGUCCUACUGCAAUGGGGACCCAAACAUCAAUACAGGGCCUGAUAUACAACAUGACCUGGAGUGUUUCAUUCCUCUUAUUUGAUUGAAAUGCAUGCAUCUCUCUAUCUUUCUUUAGGAUUCAUAUUUUCGUUGUCGAAAAUGUACAUCAUUUGUUACUUAAUUAAAAAAUAUCAAAUAAUAAAUUUAAUUAUUGUGCCAUA